AUGCUUCUGGGGAAGAGGCCUCGCCCUCCGAUGAGGAGGACCACCAGCCUGUCGGAGAUCACCUUCGACGUUGGAGGGGGCGGAGAGCCGCCCCACGCUGCCGCCGGCAACCCUCCGCCGCCGAGGCAUCAACGGCCGCCUCCCGCCGUGGGAGGUGCGGACGGCUACAUCUGCGGUGGCUACGAUAGACGGCAGCAGGCUGCGGCGGCGGCGGCGCCGCCCCCGCAGCCGCCGUAUCACUGGCCGCAGCAGCAGCACCAGGAUCAGGGGCCGUCGAAUGGACUGGACACGAGGUAUCUGGCGUCGAUGGUGUCGCCGAGGAACCCGCGGAGGAACUCCGGGGACUUCGCCGUGGAGCCGGCUCCUUUUCUGAGGACUUGCGGGCUCUGCAAGCGCCGCCUCGGCCCUGGGAAGGACACCUUCAUGUACAGGUGAAACCCUACGCUGGAGCCCUCCGCCAUCGCGGUUUCUUCCUCUUCUACCACCGAUGGUGGGAACCUCACCUGCAUGCUUUGUCGGAAAAUUCAGCUGAUCCUUCAGGAACUGGAACUUCUGGGUUCUUGGGUUUUCUUCGUAGAUUUGAACCGUUCCCUUUUAUUGUCAUGUUUUUGUUAGUCGCCGUAUUCGUUGACCUUUCUGAUGGGAAUCUGUGAACGAGGAUCUUCGUUGACUUUUUUGUAUAGGUGUUCUCCUGAUCCGAUCCUUCUGGUGUAGUUCUUCCACUCAUUCCUGCUGAUCUCUUUAUUUUCGAGAUGCUGCGAUUGGAAUUAGUUUAUUUUGUGAUUUCUCUGGUUUAUCAUGCGGUUACCGUGAAUUUAUGUUCAGAUUCCGAUAAGAAAUCUAUGACAUUUCCCCCGUGAUUGGGAAUUUUAUUUCUAUUUUUUUCUCAUCAUCCUCCCUCCUCUUCCUCAGGGGUGAGGUCGCCUUUUGCAGCAUGGAGUGUAGGCAGCAGCAGAUAACUCUGGACGAGAGGAGGGAGAGGAAGGAGAGGUGCUCCCUUGCUUCCAUGAAGAAGGACACGCCGGAGCUUCCCCAGAGCGCCGCCGCAGCAGAAGCCGCCGCCGCCGCCGACGGCGAGACGGUCGCCGCCGCAUGA